AUGAAUCCAAAAAAAUUACAUGACUCAAGCCAAAUACAUAAAUGGCCAGGAAGAAAAUGUAUGUCAUCAGAGUGUCAUGUUGAAAGAUUUAAAGAACUAUUAGAGCUGGUUCAAAAUGAUUUAGAUGAAACAUUCCCAAUACUUCAAAGUUUUGUUAAAGGUUGGAUUGACAAAUAUAUUACAAAUUUGGAUAAAUCAAAAUGUCAUAACGAUAUAAUGAAAUGGGGAGCUUAUUUCUUAGAUUUUCACAUAAUCACACUAAUCUUAAAUUCAGUAAAUUCAUUAGAACGUGUAGAACUUACGAAGAUUAAAGGCGUGAGAAUGUUGUCUGCUGAUUCACAAGACGCAAUCGUUUAUUCAUCUGAUAACUUUGGGAAAGUUUUGAUCGUAUCUGGAUUCUGCUUGUUUAUAAAUGAGGGAAUAUUAAUAGAUAGAAAUACCACAUUAAUGUUUAAAGACGUGUUUGUUGCGAGAUUCCAGACUCUUUUUUCUAUGGUUAACAUAGUAGAUGACAAAUUCAGAUCAAAUGAUUGGAAGAGAAUUCAAAAGAUGUAUAAUUCAGGAGAUAAGAUUUUAGCCAUUCACGGCAACAAAGCAUAUAAAGCUAUCAAAUUGGUAGAGCCAAUAUCAUCUCUAAAAUUAUCCGAAUUAGCUCAUGAAUAUCGAAAACAGAUCCCCGACUUCCCUAAUUAUAAAUUGCACAUCCUUCAAUCUAUAGAAGACACAGGUAAGGAACUAAGAGGUGUUGCGACUCUAGCUAACUCUAUUAAUAAUCUAGAGACUCCAGAUUUAGUUCUUACAGCUUACGGGUCAUUCAGACAUUGGGGACAUCCAAAUCUCAAAUAUCUAGAUGGACUUCGAGCUGUAAAUAGACAAGUCACCCUAGAAAAAAUGAUUGAUACUUCGUACGCUGAAGCAUUGGGAAGUGAUCUAGCUUAUAUAGUAUUGGAAAAUAAAUUUAACGAAACAAAGAAAUGGUACGUUGAUAUAUCAAAAAUGGACAAAGACUCAAUUAUGUAUAAACACGUAUUGGAGAACACAUGGCCAACUCCAAAACAGAUAAUGGACUUUGGAGAGGUGGUGCUAAAAAUAAAGGAUUUUUUUAUGAAAGAAAAGCAAUCUGGCGCUCCGAAUAUUCCAUUUGAAAGAGUAAAUGAGCGCGUCGCAGCUGCAACAGGUCUCUGGUCU